UACAUUAGCGUGAAGUGAUAAUACAGUGAACCGAUGCUCCCCAACAGCCAUUGUUGAUCGAAUUGUUGAUUAACAAUUUGUUGGUCGAAGUCCCGAGCGAACGGGUUGUUGCACAGUGGUUGGCACACUCGAUGUGCGGUGCUGGCAAGCGAUCUGCGUGGAGUAGUGCCAGCAGCGUGAAACAACAGCAUCAAGCAACAGCGGCAACGAGGAGAUGAUGCUCCGAAGCUGCACGGCACGCCGGCAUCUAAUCGUAUGCAUGGCGACGGUGUUUUCGCUAAUGUUUACAAAAUGUUACGCCAGUCAAGCACUCGAAUUCACGGUGGAACCCUCCGACGUGACGGUUCCGGAGGGAAACUCGGUCCUGCUGCAGUGCGCGGGACGCGCGGAUCUAAAGGUGCUGCAGGAUGGUAAGGUAAUGCCGAAUAUACGGUGGCGAGGACCGGACGGGCAAGACAUUGGCAUCGUCGGCGAUACGUUCCGGUCGUACCUAUCCAAUGGUUCGCUGUACAUCAGCUCGGUCGAGAGCAACCGAGGGUUGACCGGGUUCUAUCACUGUCUGCUCAGCGUGGACGGUAUCGGAACGAUCGUCAGCAGAUCGGCACGGAUUUCCAUCGCAGAUCUACCUGACAUUGAUCAGGAAUCGCACGAAAUCUACCUUUACGCGGGCCAGACGGCAUACUUCAAGUGCAUGUCCAGCCUGCUUCCGUUCACACUCGAGUCACGCUAUCACACCGAGUGGUUGAAGGAUGAUGUGCCCCUUCGUCUUGAUCUCACCCGAAUGCUCCUGCUACCAUCCGGGGCGCUCGAAAUCGACGAGGUCGUCGCGUCCGAUCGGGGCACCUACCAGUGCAACGUGACCGCCGGCACGUUCUCCCGGCUCAGCAGCAAAUCGAACCUGAACAUCAAAUCCACCGCAGGCCAGCCGCAAAGCUUCGCCCCACCGGCGUUCGUCAUCGUCCCGCAGCCGCAAACGGUACGCGAGGGGGACACGGUCAUACUGGACUGCGCGGCCAACGGUAAUCCGAAGCCGACGAUCCGGUGGCUGCGCAACGGUGAGGACAUCGACAUGGCCGACCUUGACUCGCGCUUCCGCAUCAUGGGCACGGGCUCGCUGCAGAUCAACUCGAUCCAGGACACGGACGCCGGCGACUACCAGUGUCGGGCGGGCAACACCGAGGACUCGCUCGACGCGUCGGCCACGGUACAGGUGCAGGUGCCCCCCAAGUUCAUCCUCAGCCCGGAGGACAAGGUCGCGUACGAGAAGGAGGAGCUGGAGCUGUCCUGUUCGAUCCACGGCAAACCGACGCCCGUCAUCCAGUGGCUGAAGAACGGCGACCUCAUCACGCCGAGCGAGUACAUGCAAAUUGUUGGCGGGCACAACUUGAAGAUCUUCGGACUUAUCGGGUCGGACGCGGGAAUGUUCCAGUGUAUCGGCACGAACCCGGCCGGAAGUGUGCAGGCCGCAGCGCGGCUGGAAAUCAUCGAGCCAGGUGCACCGAAACGACAUAAGGGCAAAAAGUUCCACCAGACUCAAUCGAAGACCAAAUCGUACGAAAAAUCACCGCUGCUUCAGUCCGAUCCGAAGUUCUCGAAAACGCUCCUGGACAGUCUGGUGUCCACGAGGAGCAAGCAACGGUCCGGCAACGACGAACGCGACAAGCUACCCUACGACUACACCGACGACGAUGACUAUUUGGACCAUGAACGACUGCCAUUCGGUAGCCACGACGACGACGACGACGACGACGUCGAUGACGAGGAGGACAAUGAGGACGAAGACGAGGACGGUAGAAUCUACCAUCUCAAACCUGACCAGGACCCGCACAAAUUCCUCGAAUCCCUGAUCCGGACGAAGCCCCCUGAGACCGGUCAGCCUUUGCCUAAUCAAAAGUCUCCCCUCAAUGCCGGCAAUAUUUGGAUCCACACGAAACCGCCGUUCGCAGAUGGUAGCGGGAAGUACACGGCACCAUUGCCAGGACCUCCGCGUGGACUGCAGGCCCAGAUCGUGCAGUCCCGGUUCAUCACACUCAGCUGGUUGGAGCCGGCGAAGAACCCGGACGAAGUUAUCUCCUAUUCCGUGUACUAUCGUAUGCAUACCAGUGAUAGAGAGCGCAAAGUGAUGACAAACUCGCGGGACGAACAGCAAGUGAACAUCCAAUCGCUGCAACCCGGUAAAAACUACCAUUUCCGGGUGGUGGGCAACAGUAACCACGGGCCGGGCGAGUCAUCGGAACCGUUCGAAGUGCGCACACUGUCGGAGGAGAACAUUGCCGGUGCGCCGCAGAACCUUCGCGGGUACGCCGUCACCGAGAAGGACAUCCAUCUGCAGUGGGACCCACCGACGGUCACGAACGGGCUCAUCACCAAGUACCGGGUGUACUACGCCGAAACGGACAACGGGUCGGAGAUGUACCUGGACACGGCGACGACGGAGCUAAUCAUCAACGAGCUGCGUCCGUACACGAAGUACACGAUGUACGUGGUGCCGUUCAACCAGGUCGGGAUGGGCGACCCAUCGCGCGAGUUCGACGUGAAGACGUACUCAUCCACGCCGUCCGAACCGCCGGCCAAUGUGACACUCGAAACGACCAGCUCAACGUCGAUUACCAUCCGAUGGGAACCGCCGGCGGUGGAGGAUCGAAACGGACAGAUCACGGGCUACAAGAUCAAGUACCGGAAGAACAAAAAAGCCCUGCAGGUGGAAACGACACCCGCCAACGUGCGCUACUAUAUACUGAAGGACCUGGAGAAGAUGUCGGCGUAUCAGGUGAAGAUUGCCGCCAUGACGAUCAAUGGAACGGGACCGUUCACCGAGUGGCACCACAUCGAAACGUACGAGAAUGAUUUGGACGAGUCACAGGUGCCCGGGCAGCCUGCUUGGAUAAGGACCCGUCCUGGCGCGGAUAAUAUCACCGUCUCGUGGGGACCACCGGUGCAUCAGGAGAUUAAGGUGCGCAGCUACAUCCUCGGCUGGGGUAAGGGAAUCCCCGAUGAAGACACGGCGGAGAUUGAAGAGAAUAUGCGUCACUUUGAGAUAACAAGUCUCGAGCCGAAUAGUGAGUAUGUCAUCUCGUUGCGUGCCCGCAACGGAAUGGGUGACGGUGCGCCAAAGUACGAUACGGUGCGAACGCGUGAGGAUGCUCCUAUUGAAGCUCCCACGCCGCUCGAGGUUCCCGUGGGCCUGCGGGCGAUUCCAAUGAUCUCGGGUACAUCGAUCGUGGUGUACUGGACGGAUACGACGCUUAGCAAGAGCCAGCACGUGACGGAUAACCGACAUUACGUCGUACGGUAUAGUCCGAAUGGUUCGAAUCGGUUUCGGUACUACAACACAACGAUGUUGAGCUGUAUGAUUGGUGAUCUGCGCCCCAGCACACAGUAUGAGUUUGCGGUAAAGGUAGUCAAAGGCCACCGUCAGUCUGCUUGGUCCAUGUCCGUGUUAAACUCAACGGUACAGGCCUCUCCAGUAUCACCUCCGCUGGAUCUCAAGGUAACGUUUGAUCCUCGCAACCCUCUCACCGCCAUUCUACAUUGGAACUCACCGAAACACGUCAGUGGCGUUAUUGCCGGCUAUCAAGUGCUCUACACGAUCGACACGAACAAACGCGACCGCGACUGGAACAUCGAAUCAACGACCGGUGAAAAGACAUCGGCCGAAAUUCCCAACCUCGAUCCACACACGACAUACUACUUCAAGGUACAGACACGCCUUCCGAAAGGAGUCGGUCCAUUCUCGGCCAUGGUGUCGCUGAUGACGGGCGCCGAGCUAGACUCGAGCGGGAACAUCACGCUGGAGAAAUCGUUCUCCUCCGAGCUGAUCUACGUAAUCGCCGGGUUCGGCCUGCUGACGUUGAUCGUGCUAAUCGGGGUGGUCGCCUUAAAGUGUCGCCGGAAGCCCGAGGGUACGCCGGAGCACGCGAAGAAAAGUUACCAGAAAAAUAAUGCCGGCAUUAUAAAACCACCAGACCUUUGGAUCCAUCACGACCAGAUGGAACUGAAGAACAUGGACAAGAGCAACCACAGUACGACUCCCGGCUCGGUGGACGGAGGUGCCUCGAGCAGUGGGACGAUGACACUGCCUCGGUCGGUGGGCGGCCACGAUAACGACAGUGAAACACCCAUCACGCACGUCACCAAUUCUCUGGAUAAACGUAGCUACGUGCCGGGAUGGGUAGGAAUAGGUGGGACGACAACACCGUUAAGUUCAACGAUGGAGCGACCACAGUAUCCCCGCACUCAGUACAGCAUGGCCGCCAGACCUCAUAUAGCGAUGGAUCAGCAGACACUUUCGCAGCAGAACCUUCUCCAGCAAGCACCACAACUACCGCCCGCUAAUCCACUCGCUCAGACCCCUGAGAAUCCGUACACUUAUGAUAGCAGUUAUAGUCCCAACGUUACCUACGCACAAGGUAUGGCAGUGGACGCUCCAAAACGCGGGCAAGGACACCCGCUGAAGAGCUUCAGCGUACCUGCUCCGCCCGCAUCGACCCCGAUCAUCAAUGGCCAGGGCAAGCAUGGCACUCCCACGCCGGCCGUCACGAUACGCCCGCAGAACUCAUCGCCGUACAAGAAACCCUCGCUCUCGUCCGGUUCGCUCACGAACCGACUGCAGACCGGUCCCGUGGUGGCCCACUCGAACGAUGAAAUCCAGCGGCUAGCACCGUCCACCUCGACCGAAGAGCUGAACCAGGAGAUGGCCAACCUGGAGGGACUGAUGAAAGACUUGAGUGCAAUAACGGCGAACGAGUUCGAGUGCUGAAGGGUCCGCGCUCCAGAGCAUCGUACUAACUCUGCUUUCUGCCACCUUCGAGCGACGACCGGAGGCAACGAUGAAGAUUGAUGACGAGGGUGGUUUAACAUGCGUGAUGAAAACUGUUUAGUCAUUAUUAAUUUUAAUUUCGCAAACGAAUGAACGGUACGGAACGAAUGAGCGAGUGAGUGAGAGUUGAUUGAAUGAUUAAUUAGAGGAGCAAGAUUCCUAGGCGCGUGUGUGAAUCUGCGCGGAUGUACGCGCGCGUGACAAAAUGCACCAAUAUGGGCACAUAUUCGAUAAAUAGUAUGCAUCUACUCUAAAACCUUCUGCGGAGAUCGUCGGAAGAAUACACUGCCUGUUGUGCCAUCGACACGGCAGGAGAAACAUUAAUUUAUUGAACUACGAAUAGAUCAUAAACACACUCAUAAGCAGUACUACGACGAUAGAUUCGCUAAGCAAACGAAACACAUAAAAAUAGCUUUCCAUCGCUAGCAUGCGGCGAGGAUGGAAAGUUAUUGAGAUUAGAGAAAAUAUUGCGCAUAAAGUGAUGCGCCGCGGUGGAAAGGACACGCAAUUUAUAGGCAAGUCUGUAGACUGUAGGUUAGGCGUGCGGUUGUUCCAAUUGUCAUAUAGCUGUGGAAAAUUCUUAACGUAAAAAUUUUGUUCCCAUUUGCCAGCAAGCAAACCUACAAACAAUCCUCCCUUUAAAGGGAAAAACGCUCUCUCCAUCUUUUUCUUAAUCUUAAAGACUCCAUGAUAUGUGGUACUAUGUAAAUAUCAUAGUAGGCUUAGCAAAAACAAAAAACAAGCAAACUAUACAACCAUUUGUAAAAGUGGUGUGUGGUCGAGUUUUGACCUAAUGAAAUUUAAUCACGUUUCAGUUUCGAUCAGCCAGAGGACUAGUUCCCUCCACAAUGCAACCAAACGGAACGGACGGGUUGAUGAAAUACGAUAACGUGGUGUAUCAGCCCCAGCGGUACGAAAACCAAAAUCUUAGGCCCAGUGAUUAGUUAUUGCACGCAGCAAGUACGUCGUAGCGUAGAUUAAGUAGAAAAACAAACCUACAGGCAUUUAUUUAUAAUUAUUUAAACAAAUAUAGACUCACAUUCAUCUGCUAUACCAACGUUUAACCUAUCAAAUGAACAAACAAACAAACAGGGAUCAAUGUAACACGCCACACCAUGCCACCUACUGCCAUAUUAAAGUCGUAUUAAGGGAGCUGGUUUAGGUUCAGAUUAUUUUUAAUUGUUUGCAGUACUCGUAUCCGCAAAAUGCAUCCGUCUGAAAACAA